AUGCGUGGCAUUCCAGGAGUGAUGUAUGUCAGAGGUCGCACCCAGUCUGAUGUUCAGAGCUGGGUAGACACUGUUCAUGGCCUGCGAUACAAAGACUAUCAACUUGCAGCACCUGUCGAAAGCAUUGCGGGAGGUGAACAAGGAGGAAGCACGCUGGAAAUGGAGUCGCCACUGGGGAUACUUGAAGAAGUGGGCACUGUGAAGGAGAUCGCUACUUCUAUGGAAGCCAAAGGCAUCAUAAGUUGGUGGAGGUCGGCCAUGGGAUUCGCACGAGAAUGA